ACAUCCUGUAGCAGUUCUGCCGAGAUCAUGUCCGUGCUGUUCUUCUACAUCAUGAGAUACAAGCAGUCAGAUCCAGAGAAUCCGGACAACGACCGAUUUGUCCUCGCAAAGAGACUGUCGUUUGUGGAUGUGGCAACAGGAUGGCUUGGACAAGGACUGGGAGUUGCAUGUGGAAUGGCAUAUACUGGCAAGUACUUCGAUCGGGCCAGCUACCGGGUGUUCUGCCUCAUGAGUGACGGCGAGUCCUCAGAAGGCUCUGUCUGGGAGGCAAUGGCCUUUGCUUCCUACUACAGUCUGGACAAUCUGGUGGCGAUCUUUGAUGUGAACCGCCUGGGAUACAGUGGUGCAUUGCCCGCCGAGCACUGCAUAGACAUCUAUCAGAGGCGCUGCGAAGCCUUCGGGUGGAACACUUACGUGGUGGAUGGCCGGGACGUGGAGGCGCUGUGCCAGGUGUUCUGGCAGGCCUCUCAGGUGAAGCACAAGCCCACUGCUGUGGUGGCCAAGACCUUCAAGGGCCGGGGCACACCAAGUAUUGAGGAUGCAGAAAGUUGGUAUGGAAAGCCAAUGCCAAGAGAAAGAGCAGGUGCCAUUAUCAAAUUAAUUGAGAGCCAGAUAGAGACCAGCAGGAGUCUUGACCCACAGCUCCCCAUUGAGGACUCACCUGAAGUCAACAUCACAGAUGUAAGGAUGAUCUCUCCACCUGAUUACAGAGUUGGUGACAAGAUAGCUACCCGGAGAGCAUGUGGUUUGGCUCUGGCUAAGCUGGGCUAUGCAAACGACAGAGUCAUUGUGCUGGAUGGUGACACCAAGUACUCUACCUUCUCUGAGAUAUUCAACAAACAGUUCCCUGAGCGUUUCAUCGAAUGCUUUAUGGCUGAGCAAAACAUGGUGAGCGUGGCGCUGGGCUGUGCCUCCCGUGGAAGGACCAUUGCUUUUGCUAGCACCUUUGCUGCCUUUCUGACUCGAGCAUUUGAUCAGAUCCAUAUAGGAGGCCUGUCUGAGAGCAACAUCAACAUUAUUGGUUCCCACUGUGGGGUAUCUGUUGGUGAAGACGGUGCUUCCCAGAUGGCCCUGGAGGAUAUAGCCAUGUUCCGAACCAUUCCCAAGUGCACGAUCUUCUACCCAACUGAUGCUGUCUCCACGGAGCAUGCUGUUUCUCUGGCGGCCAAUACCAAGGGAGGUGGUCAGAGCAUCACAGUAGGGGGUGAGAAGAUUGGAGCAUUCGAAGCAAAUGCCCAGAAAAAGGGGCCUAACCUAACUACAUGGACCUAA